ACUAAUCAGGGAGGUACCUUGAAGUAUAAAUUUACUAUUUACACAGAAGAAACUACUGCACUGAUAAAGAGCUGAAAGAUCUCAGUUUCAGACGGAACUUCUCAACAACAGGGUCUUGUGUAGGCUUGAACUUUGAUUCCCCUGCUUCAGUUUCGUCAAGAUUCUAAUUAAGGGUGGAACUGCAUACCUCUGGAGAAGAUGUUGGUGCUGAAAUGUUCUACCAAAUUACUGACACUGGAGAAAAUAUUGAAGAGUCACUUUCCUGAAUCACUCAAGGUUUAUGGAGCAGUGAUGAACAUAAACCGUGGGAAUCCUUUUCAAAAGGAAGUAGUGUUGGAUUCAUGGCCAGACUUCAGAGCUGUCAUCACCCGGCGACAGAGAGAGGCUGAGGCAGAUAACCUCGACCAUUAUACUAACGCCUAUGCGGUGUUCUACAAGGACAUCAGGGCAUACCAACAGCUCCUGGAAGAACGUGAUGUCAUUAACUGGGACCAAGUUUUUCAAAUACAAGGGUUGCACAGUGAGUUAUAUGAAGUUUCCAAAGCUGUUGCCAAUUCAAAGCAGUUGGAUGUAAAGCUAUCUUCCUUCAAGGCCGUUCAGUUUUCUCCUGUUUCAUCUCUGCCAGACACCCGUUUUCUAACGAGUUCUCCCCCACGCCUAACCCACCUGAGUGUUGCUGAUGCUGAUCUACUCAACCGGACUUGGUCAAGGGGCGGUAAUGAGCAGUGUCUCCGGUACAUUGCCAGCCUCAUCUCUUGCUUCCCCAGUGUGUGUGUCCGUGAUGACAAGGGAAACCCAGUAUCCUGGGCUAUCACAGACCAGUUUGCCACCAUGUGCCAUGGCUAUACCCUACCCGAUCAUCGCAGGAAGGGUUAUAGCCAGCUGGUGGCCCUCACACUGGCCAGGAAGUUGCAAAGCCGGGGAUUCCCCUCUCAAGGAAAUGUCCUGGAUGACAACGUGGCAUCUAUCAGCCUCCUGAAGAGUGUCCAUGCAGAGUUCUUGCCUUGUCGUUUUCAUAGGCUGAUUCUUACCCCCAGGCCUUCCUAGGCAAGCUUGUCUUUAGCCCAGUAAAACUCUAGGAAUUUUCUUACUUUCCCUAAACAUACAUACUCUUGGCUACCAAGGAGGGGAGAAUUAAACCUGAAAUCAGGAGAUUCUUGUGUUGUUGAAAAGGGCCUGGAGAAGACAUGCAGCACCAUUCUGAGAAACAUUAACUAUUCCUGUCUUGGGUUUCUACCAUAAAUAACUGCAGGAGUUGGGGUAUCUGUGGCUGAGAACAGAGGAUGUCUGUCAUCUUUGUCAUCUUUUAGGAUGCACUAUAGGGAAGAAAUUUCUUAAGCCAGUAAUUCAUAGCAUAGUGGAAGAAAUGAUUAUAUGAGAAUAAAUGAUUUAACACAGCAGUUACUGCUUUACUGCUUGGGUUUUGCUCUAUAUGGUGCUCUUACUGCCACAGAAUUCCCCUCUUCCUUGCUAUGUUUCACCAACCUCUAUUACUGCCACCACUGACCUAAUUCUCUGUAAAGUCUUCUGCAUUUUCUCCUUUAAUUAUUUUCUUGACUUUUUUUUUUCACUUCUGUUUAAGACACUAGCCUAUUCUCCCAUGGCAAUGUUCAAAUGCUGCAGGUCCUCACAUUCUAAUGUUUAUCAGAAUCCUUGGAAGGCAGGUGGCAAACAGAUGGCUGGCCCCUCCCCCACAGUUCCUGCUUCAGUUAAGUACAGGGUAGGGCCUGAGAAUUUGUUUUUCCAACAGGUUUCCACUUCUGUGUUGCCUUACAUGCAUGAAGAUACAGGCAUCCUAAUGCUAUAAAUAGAUGUCCUGUAAGUAGGACUAACCCAUAGCCUAUUCCAGUCCCCUUGUUUAUAAUCUGCUUUUCCAUAAGAAACUAAGAUUCAUAUAUUGGUAUAUAUGCAGAGAUACAAAUACAAUAUAAACAUAUACAUAUAUUACAUAUAUGUUUUAUCUAUAUGCAUAUGGUUAUGCCCGUAGAAUUUUGAUAAUGAAUGUUAUCCCUCUUAUUACAUAGGAAGAAUUUGGGCUCCAGGUAAAAUAAAUGGCUUUUUUGAGAUUAUAUAAUUUAUGUUGGAGGCAAAGCCAGAGCUCUGUGAUCUUUAUUUCAGUUUGUACUUUUUAUUAAAUCAUGUAUCUUCUUUAUAAAAAAAUUUAAUGCUUAAAUACUUAGUAUGUUAUUCUAUCCUUGUCAUGAUUUGUUUUCAAUUUGGAUUCCAAUUUCUUUUAUGUAAAUUUUUCAAGGAUAGUACAGGAAGAGACACAAGCUGUGUCUUCCAUUUACAAUAAAAGCAGGCA